AUGGGGCCAGGUAAGUGUCCAGACAGGGAGGCAGCUGGUGGCCAACUUGGUCCAUGUGGCAGUGAUGAAAGGCAAAUGGGAAGAAGCAUGAGAGGUGAGGGAGCUGGAGAGUCUGUGGGAAGCUCCCUUUCUGGUGAAAUCAACCACCCCCAGACGGUGCAGGUCCCUUGCAGGCCUGGGGGUGCUGAUCCGGGCUUUGCGUGCUAUCCGAUGCUCUGAUCCUGGCUCAUUCCCAGGCAGCUGGGAGCGUGAGUGGUGGAGCUGCCGGCUCUAGGCAUCUCCCUUCCCAGCACGAGAUUGUCUCUGGGGGAAGCCCACCCCAGGAUUUGGCGUUUGUUGGUCUCUUCCACAGAGCGCUGGAGUCUCAGCCACUCCAGAUCAGGGGGAGGGGCCCUCUGUGAAUUUGGAGCCUGAUCUAGGUUUGGAUCUGAAUCCGCCAGUGUUGCGGAGCGUUCAGAUGUGGGGAGCUAGUUCCCGCCCGCGCCACAUCACAAUGUGCCACUCCUGCCUCCCCAAUCUCCUCCCUGGCUCUGCACCUCACCCCCUGCACCUGGAAUGUCAUUAGCGAGCUAGGCCUGACCACCUCCAUCACCUUUGCUGACCCCAUCACUUCCAUAGGGAAUGGCACUGAGGAUGCCAGGGGAACUGGCAUUCUCAGGUUGCCAGGAGCCAUUGUUCUAUUUACCAAGACAGUCCGAUGCCAGGACAGUGCCCCUGAGCUCUGGACAGGGCUAGGGCUGCAUUAGGACACCUGCCGUGCAGCUGCUGUAGAGUCAGCAGGAGACAUUGAGAUGGCUGAAGAAGCCCCCAAGGACCCCUCAAAGCCCAUCGGUGCCUGGGAGGAGACGAAACCUCCCCAAUGGAAGAGUUGGCAAAAGAGCCCACAGCAGAAGCAGGAGCUGUGUGUGCCUCAGCCCUUCCAUGCCGAUUCACCAGCCUACUGUAACGCCUGCUUGAUGAGGCUAGACUCGGAGGAGAAAGAGGCUCUGGAUUACAUCGAAGCCUUUCUCACGAGCAAUGAACAGGACGAGGCCAAGAAACUCAAGUUCUUGGAUUCCAUCAGCACCCUCAGAAGCCUGCCUGCUUUUAUGAACAAAGCCCUGCUAGUGGAGAAGAUAAAGGAGCUGAUUGAUCACGAGUCCGUCGACUCCCUGACCGGCGUGAUGCGUCAGCAAGCUAUGCUCGCCAUCAUGAAGCUGAGCAAAAUGAAGCUACCGGUGCGGAUCCUGACACAACCCAGCCUGCUCGCCACCUGCUUCUCCAGCAUCUUCUCCCUGCCUCCAGCACACACCAUGGAGGAGGUGGAGGCUGCUCUCUACACCAAAACUUUGAAAACCAUGGAUGAGAUGCUGAAGGCCUUGGUGUGCGAGGAUCAGGAGCCCAACCUUCUGGUGCUGCAAAUCAUCUUGAAGGUCUGGAGGCGUGGGGGCAGGAAGGGGACUAGUCCUGUAGCUGGGGUGGGGCUCAGGGACCAAGGCUCUGUUUAAUCCCAAGCAUGGGACACCCCCGUGCCUUCGGCUCCUCAGAGUACGUUCUCUACAAAGGUUCUUGGGCUGGAGGGCCAAGUGCCCCCACUAUAUCUGAAAAAGUCUGUAUGGGGUGGGGGUGGAGGA